AUGAAGCGACUUCGGCGCCUUCUCCCUUCCUCCUCCUCCUCCUCCUCCUCCCAAAACGUCGUCGUCGCUCCUUUUAUUACUUCUUCUUUUUCUUCUUGGUCUUCUUCUUCUUCGCAACAUCAUCAUCAUUAUCAUCAUCAUCAUCACCGUCAAACACAUUCGGUUGUUGAGAACGCCAACAACUUCGAUGAAAGAAGAAGAAGAAGAAGAAGAAACGAAAGAAGAGACGAUGAUGCAUCAUACGACGACUACUGGAAGAAGAAGAAGAAAAAGGAAGUCAACAACAACAACAACAAAAUUGUAUCAUCGCGUGGAUUCGCGGCGUCUUCCUCUUCCUCUUCAUCCUCUUCCUCUUCCUCUCCUGCAGUGAAGAAUAACAACAACAACAACAACAACAACAAGGAAAUAAACCCAUAUAUAGCCUUAGCCCGUUUAGACAAACCCAUAGGCAUAUAUUUACUCGCCUAUCCGUGUUUGUGGUCGAUUUUACUCUCCUCGUCCACGGCUGCGAUACCACCGGCGACGGAAGAAAUAGCCGCCAUGACCGCCUUGUUCUCCGCCGGCGCGGUGUUGCUUCGAGGCGCCGGGUGUACCGUCAACGACAUUUGGGACAGAAAAGUAGACGCUAAAGUAGAGAGAACGAAAGAUAGACCGAUAGCAUCUGGCAAGAUAACGGUACCAAACGCGGUGGCGUUUUUAGGCGCGCAAUUAGGAUUAGGAAGCGUCGUUUUAUACCAGCUCGAUUUCAACACGCAGAUUUUGGGCUUGAUGUCUUUACCGCUGGUAGUCGCGUAUCCUUUGAUGAAACGCGUGACAAACUUACCGCAAUUAUUUCUCGGGUUUACGUUGAAUUGGGGCGCGUUAAUGGGAUGGACCGCAAUCACUGGGGGUGUUUUAGAAGCACCAGCUUUAGCGUUAUACGGGAGCGGCGUGUGUUGGACGAUGGUGUACGAUACGAUUUACGCGCAUCAAGAUAUCGACGACGAUAAGAAAAUUGGCGUCAAGUCUUCCGCGCGAUUAUUCGAAAACAACACGAAAGGUAUUUUGUCUACUUUUGGUAUCGGUGCAAUCUCUGGUUUACUCGCCAGUGGGUAUUUAGCGGACGCGCAUUGGGCGUUCUACCCGUUCCUUUUGUCCACCGCGGGGACGCAUUUGUUUUGGCAAAUAUAUACCGUCGAUUUGAAGAACAGAAAGGAUUGCGGAGACAAUUUUGAGUAG